AUGUACUAUUACCCUAAUACAACUACGUUCUUGUACCAACAUGUUACAAAUUCAGAGGUUCUAAGCGUUGAGGAAGUAAAUCUCUGCCUGGAGGACAACCAUGUCGAGCAUCACACGAGUCACUUCUAUGCGGCGGCUGCCAAGGAGGCCCUAAUCGUGAGGAGAGGACAGUCUUUCAGGCUAAAGAUCCACUUUAACCGAGACUACAGCCCAAGCAAGGAUGCAGUCAUCUUCAUUUUAACGGUGGCGGACGACACCAAACCCAGCCCUGGUCGCGGGACACUCAAUGCCAUAGUGCCCUUUGACAACAUCGAUUAUUUGGGAGACACCCUGGAAUGGGGGGCUGGUAUCGAGUCGCAUGAAGGCCAAACCCUUACCGUGCUGAUCAAACCGCCCUGCACCUGUCCUGUGACGGAGUGGAAGCUGGACAUAGACACGAAGCUGCUGGGAGGCGAAUCAAGGAGUUAUGCCCUCCCUCUUCGCAUAUUUGUGCUAUUCAAUCCCUGGUGUCCGGAUGAUCAGGUCUAUCUUGAGGAUCCUAACCAACGAAAGGAAUACGUCAUGAACGAUACCACUCUCAUUUGGAGAGGAUCCUACAGCAGCCUGCACGAAUCGGCUUGGAAAAUCGGACAAUUCGAACGCGACGUGCUGGAGUGCAGCUUGGAUGUCCUCGGCAGCGUGGCUAAGAUGCCACCCGCCUUCAGAGGUGAUGCAGUGAAAGUAGCCCGUGCCUUGUCGGCCCUGGUAAACGUUAUCGAUGACUAUGGCAUCCUGGUGGGAAAUUGGACGAACGAUUUUUCGGGGGGUGUUGCACCAUUCAACUGGACCGGUUCAACGCAGAUCCUUCAGGAAUUCUUCAAAACCAAACAACCGGUUAAGUUCGCCCAAUGCUGGGUUUACAGCGGCGUCCUGGCUACCAUCGCCAGGAGUCUGGGGAUACCGGCUAGGAUCGUCACCUGCUUCGCAUCCGCUCAUGAUACCCAAGCCUCUUUGACCGUGGAUUAUUUCGUUGACGAAAAUAACAAAGUUUCGGGUGACGACAGUAUUUGGAACUUCCAUGCCUGGAAUGAGUUGUGGAUGCAGCGACUGGACUUGGAAGAUGGUAGGCGUGGUAAGUGUGACGGCUGGCAGGUGGUAGAUGCUACUCCACAAGCGACCUCCGACAAUAUGUUUCGACUGGGUCCGGCGCCCAUUUCGUCCGUGAAAGAUGGCGAGGUUCGUGCACCCUUCGAUGUUGGAUUUGUAUUCGCAGAGGUGAAUGCUGAUAUCCUCUAUUGGCGCAACAAGGGCCCAGGCCAUCCGCUUAAGCUUAUCAAUAAAGUUGUCGAUGGUGUAGGUAAAUACAUCAGCACAAAGGCCGUCCUAAAAUGGGAAAGGGAAGACGUCACCGACAGCUACAAGUACGCAGAGCGUUCAAAGGAAGAGAGAAGCACCAUGCUCAAGGCCCUGAAACAGUGCAAUAAUAACUUAAGCAGAUGCUAUCUCAAUGAAGACUUUAAUGAUGUUGAGUUCGAAAUGGAUCUAAGCCACGACAUAAUUAUCGGGAAGGACUUCGGUGUGCUGCUGAAGCUGACCAAUAAGAGCCAAAGUCAAGCUCACGUGGCUACUGGAAUUAUCCGCUGCGACGCCGUUCAGUACAAUGGCAGGGGUGCAGAGGAGGUCAAGGAAUUGAGCUUCGAACUAACAUUGCAGCCCGGAGGCAGUUACCACGUUCGCAUGGAGGUCAGCUUUAAGGAGUACUUUGAAAAGCUAUCCUCCAAGGCAGCCUUUCACAUUACAGCAGCAGCCAAGGUGAAGGACUGCGAUUUCGAAUUCUUUACCCAGGACAGUUUCCGGGUUCGCAAACCGGCCCUUAAGCUCCUUUUUGGAGGGGGAGACAUUGUGGUCAAGAAGGAGAUGGACGUGACUGUGGUCCUGGAGAACCCGAUGCCGAUUCCGUUGCGGAAUGGUGUGUUCAUUGUGGAGGCACCGGGGAUACAGACACCUCUGAUUUUCAAGGUUGGCGAAACUCCUGCGAGUGACAAAGCGGUAGCGACAUUCAAAUACGUUCCACCCUACGCUGGUCGUGGCGUAAUGGUGGUCAAGUUCCAUUCCAUGGAGCUGGAUGAUGUGGAUGGAUACAUAAACUAUAAUAUUGCACCUGGAUCGUAGAAGGCCAAUAAAAGACCCACUACCCUAAAGGAAUUUCAG